CAGCAGUGCUUGGACAAGGGAAAGAGAGAAGAGAGAGGAGUGCUUGGACAAGAGAAAGAGAGAAGAGAGAGGAGCGUUUGUGCGUCAGAUAGGCAGUGAGGCUUGGCCCCGUUAAAGCUGUCUAACACAGAUGUCAGAGGGGUUAUUUGCAGAGGUCAGUGUUUAAGUGAGGAUCUCUGCUGCUCUGCCAGGCUAAAACUCACACUGCUGAUGAAGCUCAGCCCCACCUCUGGUGCGAGUACUCUUCUGUGAGGAGUGUGGCUCUCCUGCUGUGGACGUGAGUCAUGCAAGGCCCUUUCUCACGCCUCCUCUUUGCUGCCAUCUUGUGGGCGACCACAUACAUGAGAACCGCUGCUCUGCCAACAAACAACACUUUCCUGUUAAGUCUACCGGAGGCUGUGUUUGGACGAGGGCUUGACAGACAGGGAAGACUGCAAUCUGAUCGACGAAUGGAUAACGCGACGGGUGCUGAGGAGAGCACCGCAACAGAAGAUGGUGAUGCCACUCUGCCACUUGUGCGGCACCGGCGGGCCAUCUCCAGCCGCGAUAUGGGCGCCCUGGUGGAGUACCACAACCGUGUGCGCUCUCAAGUCUCCCCAACCGCAGCCAACAUGGAGGUCAUGGUCUGGGAUGAGAGGUUGGCCAAGUCAGCUGAGUCCUGGGCAUCUCGCUGCAUCUGGGACCACGGGCCUCCCCACCUCAUGAAAUACACAGGCCAGAACCUGUCAAUCAACUCUGGCGGGUAUCGUUCUGUCAUUGAUCUGGUCCGCUCCUGGCAUGAUGAGAAGCGUGCCUUCUCCUACCCAACCCGCUGCAGUGGUGCCGUCUGCUCGCACUACACACAGAUGGUGUGGGCUAGCACCAACAGAAUGGGUUGUGCCAUCAACAAAUGUUCCAACAUGUAUGUAUUUGGCAGCACCUGGAAACAAGCUGUCUUACUAGUGUGCAACUACUCUAUAAAAGGGAACUGGGUGGGAGAAGCGCCCUACAAGAGAGGCAAGCCAUGCUCUGCCUGUCCGUCAAGCUACGGGGGGUCAUGCUCCAGGAACCAGUGCUCUUCCCGCUCCUCACGCCGUGUCCAAUCAUCACGCUCCACCACGCUGUCACGCUCCUCCUACUCAAGAGUCAAAAAAUUCAAGAGGUGGUACUAGUGGAAUCCAUCAGUUUGUCAAAGCUAGCCCACGCAUAAGCCAGUAUCACUGGAAUUCUGAGAAAAAAAUGUGUUUUUGAGAUGCAACACCACUAUUGACUAUUUCAAUAUUAUUAUGCCAUAUUCAGCACUAAAAUCAACCAGUGUCCUUUUUAUCAAUAUCAUUCCCUGAACAUAAUGGCCCUCUGUUAGACUUUUAGAUGAGUCUUUUUUGAUUACUGCACCAUAAUCAUUCCAUAAUGACAUGGACUUUGAGUAUUUGUAUGUAUGUGUGCGUGCGUGCAUGCAGUUUGUGGAUGAAAAAGUGUUUGUUUGUGUGUGUGUGUGUGUGUGUGUGUGUGUGUGUGUGUGUGUGUGUGUGUGUGUGUGUGUGUGUGAAUGUGUGUAUGUGUACAUGAGUACAUGAGUUUGACAUCUGUCAUAACUUGCCCCUAAACUGUUUUGCACUGUUUUGAUUUGUUGUAUUUGACUUCAGAGGUGAUUUUGUAAAGACUCUCUACAAUGAAGCACUUUUAAUUUUUUUGUAUGAAGGUAAACCAUGUUCUGUAAAGUGUGCUUGUAUGUGUAUGUUUUGUUUUGAAUUAAUGUGUUGCCUAGCUACUAUCUAUUUUAAAUGUGUGUCUUUUUAAAUUGUCCCUGCCAUGCAGAGAUCAUGUUGCCUCUGUCCACAUUUCCAUGCUAAUAAACCCCCCAUAGAGGCCUA